AUGGAGAACAUUCCUUAUUCAGAUUCUGAUAUGACUUUCACGGGCUUUGAAGGCGCCAUAAGCACCCGUGUUAUGACCCAUCCGCAUCGUUCCUUUGCUUUCGAAGUGACCUUUGAUCUAGCUCAUCCGCGCCUCAUCGCUUUAGGAUCGCAGAAGCCUCCUCUUCAUUUCCAUCCGUACCAGGAAGAGUACGUGCAGGUAUUGGAGGGACGCUUGGCCGUAGAGGUAAACGGACGUGAAGUCGUAUUAAGUCCAAGUGAUGGGGAAUUUCGUCUACGACCAUGGGUUGACCAUCGAUUAUAUCCGCCUCCAUUGUCCCCCAAAGAUGCACAGGAAGACGCUGCGUCGACGCUAGAUAGCACGACGAAGUUUCUACUUUCAGGCCAACAGACAUUAAAGGCCUUUAAACUUGACAACGUCUUCUUCCAGAGUUGGUAUGCGUAUCAGGACGAGAUUGUGGUUGGUGGCAAGAGGCCUGACCCGAUUCAAGUCAUAUCAGUGAGCUAUUAG